UUCAACCAAGCAAAGCGCAUACGCCCAAUCGUUCUUGACAGGGAGAGAAUUUCUAGGGUUUAUACUUUAUUUCGUGUUUUUAAUCGAUCGAAGGAUGAGUUCCACCGGUGGAGGCUCGACAAAGGGAGGACGAGGAAAGCCGAAGGCGACGAAGUCGGUUUCGCGAUCGUCGAAGGCAGGGCUUCAGUUUCCCGUCGGCAGGAUUGCCAGGUUUCUUAAGGCCGGAAAGUAUGCUGAGCGUGUCGGGGCUGGAGCUCCGGUCUAUCUUUCUGCCGUUCUUGAAUACCUUGCGGCCGAGGUUCUGGAGCUUGCAGGGAACGCAGCCAGAGACAACAAGAAGAAUCGUAUAGUGCCAAGGCACAUACAGCUUGCGGUAAGGAACGAUGAAGAGCUGAGCAAGCUUUUGGGUUCGGUGACAAUCGCGAAUGGUGGUGUGUUGCCCAACAUUCACCAGACUCUUCUCCCCAAGAAGAUGGGCAAGGGCAAAGGCGAAAUUGGAUCUGCAUCCCAAGAGUUCUAGAUCUUUGUUUGUCUGUUAAUGGUUUUUGGUUAUAAAUUCUACAGUUGUAGUAUUCGACUCUCUUGUACUUCUUUCGCAACUUUUUGCAGACUUAAUGGAAAUCAAGAUCAAUAUUUUAUUGUCUUC